AUGAGUAAUCCUUCAAAGGCCACAUCCUAUGUUCAGUACCCGCUUGAUGCCAAGUGCUACGUGCCCCCGGGACAAGACCCGGCCCUGUAUCAAGAAAUGCUCGUGGAAAACUCAUCAGAUCUAUUCCAAGUAACUGGUGGGGGAAUGAAUAUGUAUCUUGGUGGUCGUGGCGAUAGUGUGCAGUGCCAAUUCGUUUCAAGCGAGGAUUUAGAAAACACAUCUUGGGGUGGAGGGUCAGAAGUUGUCUCAGAAGGGCAGGGCAAGGUAUUCUGGGUACAACCUGCAUUCUCUUGGGGACAACUUGAGAUUACUGAGACUGCAUUUCGAAGGCUUUUGGCCGAGCACCGUGUGUUUACGCCAUUCUUGGACAUUGUCCACGGAUUCGGAGCAAAGAUCAGUGACUACCAGCGAGCCCAUGAUUUCGUACAUUUGCAGCUUCACACCAUGGAGGACUUUGAAAUUGGCUAUAACAUCCGCUACUAUGAGCUAAAUGGGCGAGGAAGAGGCAAUCCAUGGUCACUUCGUCAAGCAGGGGUUUACCAGCAGAUGCUAACUACCCAAUGCGUGUGGAUUGUUAUAAGCGUCUCCAAAUAUCUUCGACCACGGUUUGGGCGGUUUUUGGAUGCCCAUGGUAGCACGGAAGGAGGAUGCUGCGCGACAUUCGUUCUCCUUGGCCACCUCGUGAUACUGUCCAUGACUACGAGAAAUUGGGGUGCGUACAUUGAGCACAUGCGGCAUAAGUUAAUACUCUUGGAACAAAAGAUGAGGCCAUCUUUUGCAGAUGGAAAGUCUUCCAAUGCUUCGAGUCUCUUGCUCCAAGAUGUAUCAAAGGCCAGUGACUUAUGUAACACUAUAGAAACUUCUAGGGCGGUUUUGGAAAGCCAGGUAAACGUUUUGUUAACGCUUAAAAGACUGCAUGCAGGGAUUAGCAACAAGAAGACGGACUGCUGCAGCUGCGACGUCGCCAGUGCUUUUCAGCUCAAGCACAUGGAGAUCAGGAAUCAUUUAAAGGCUGUGAAUUCCAUGCAAAAGAGCGCUGAGAGAAUUCCUCAGAUUAUCUCGACCAUUCUCUCCGCUAGAGGGGAGGAAAGGCUUCACGCCACUCUAGCACAAAUCCAGACUGGAGUUCAUGGAACCCUUUCAACAUCUCUCCAGGUACAUGAUGAUGUAAAAGCAUUGGUACAAGUCGCUACGAGCGGGCAUCAGGAUUCGAAGACAAUUAAGUUAUUAGCUGAGAUUGCGACGGUCUUUCUCCCAUUAUCCUUUCUAGCAGCGAUAUUUGAUAGCGAGAUACUGAAUUCUUCAUAUUUAGGAGGCAUUUAUGCUGCUCUUUCUAUCCUGCUGGUUCUCCUCACAGUUAUUGUGAUUCUACUUUUAGAGCGCAAGGCUACAAAGACUUAG